UAAUGGAAGUAAAUGAGCAUCCAGUGAGCAAGAAUAUUUAUAUGAAUAUGAGGGUGUGAAUGUAAUUUAUGAAGAAAUUUGAGUAAAUAUAUGAUUGCAAAGUACAUGAAUGGCUGACAAAGCACACUACCACACCAGACCGCAAGUUGAACUCUGUGGGUGUCACUGUUUGUUGUAAUAUUGAUGUUGCGGAGAUGUGGCCGCCGAAUGUGAAAGUGUAAAUGUGAUGCGGUGAAAUUGUUGUCCAAAAGUGAGGAGUGAAUUUAGUGCAUCGACGACACGGUAUUGGAACAUUGAAGAGCAGCAGUAAUAUGAUUGUGAACUGGCACAGAGGUGACCUAAUACAGGUACCUCUCACUGCAAAUUAUUUAGUAACAAGUUACACAUUGAGUGGUUAGUGCCGGAAACGGGUUCUCGGUUCUCGCGUUAUUCGCUGCGGUUUUUUUGCGCGAGUUACUAUCAAAUAAGACAAGCUAAAACAAAAAAAAGGCUAUCCCCAAAAAACAGAAACCUUAUCAAACAAUAAUGCUUACGGCACUGUAAGAAAUAAGAAAUGUAAAUGUCAAAUAAAUUUUCAGACUAUAACAUCUCUAAAUCCGGUUACAUAAAUAGCGCUAUUUAGCGGGUCAAUGACUGCUAGAAAUUGAAAAUUAAUUACGCUGAGUACAACGCUUAGCUACCGACGUCGUGGGCGGUAUAAGGUUGCGUCGGCACCAAUUCAAAUGAUUAAAUGUUUGUAUGUAUACGUCGAUUGUACAUAUAUUUCGAUAUGUAUGUUUAUGUGUAUGCUCCAGUGUUUGUAUGAAUAUAUGAAAAUAUUGAUUGAUGUGAACUAAAAUUCACCAAAAUAAUUUUAGUUAUGGGAGUUGCUUCUUCUAUCUUAUCACUUAACUAGUCAGUCACAAGUUAAAAGCUGCAAAAAGCUCUAAUGUAAAUAUAUAUAUAUACACUUUUAUGUUAAUAUAUAAAUAUAUCUUAACACAGUCAAUAAAAUUAUGUGUACGUACGGCAAAUUGAUUUUAAACAUUUAAAAAUACAAGUAAAAUACUCUGAAAUAUUUGCGUAUCCACAUAUGUAUGUAUGCAUAUAUUAUAUAUUGUUAUGAAUUUGUGCGUUGAAAGGCACAAUACAUUAUGUAAAUUCCGUAUAAAAUAAGGAGAAUGUGGUUUAAUUCAAAAAUUUCUAUCUGUCUUAAGAAGAUCAUUUAUAUAUACAUACAUAUAUGUAUGUAUGUAUAUAAAUAUACACAUAUAACCUCAUGCUUUAAAAAGAUUUCCAAAGCACUUUAACUGAUUUAGAUUUCAAAGCGUAUAAAUGCAUGCAUAUUUUUUAUCAGCGGCGGCAAGUUUUCGCGCCUAGUCAUCCGUGCGCGUAUAAUUUUUUUAUUGUGUGUUUCUAAGUUUUUUGUACAUAAAAAUAUCAUCCGUCACAUGCACACGAAUUGUAUGAGUUUUAUGUAUCGUGUCAUGUAGUGUCGUGAUUUUAGGACAUCUUACGGAAUUGUGGUGCUCACUAGCUGUUUGGCCUAAUGAAGAUUACUAUAAAUACAUUGAUGUACGAAACAUUACUCAGCGGUUGUUGAAGUACAAUUAACUGUAUUGCUAAUUAACUGCGCUCCUUCCGUUCAUCGUACAAGGAACACUGUUUGCGCUGUCAGUCGUUACCGAAUGCAAACUAUCCAACUAGAAGCGCUUUACAUACAUACAUAAAUACAUAUAUACUCUUUCAAAGACGUCACUAACAAAAAAAAUUAACUUUUCAGCUUUGCAAGAUAUCCUACAUUGCUACAGUUGUACACGUACCUUGAAUACAACUUAACUUGAAAGAUUGAUGCAACCGAAACGGUAGGACACGUAAAAAUUACGUGAAUGCCGACGUGAGAACACGAAGACGUUAAAACGCACAAAACCGACGUAAACGGAAGAGCAAAAAGUAAACUUAAUUAGAAAUAUUUGUCGCACGUCUUUACCUCAGUGAACUUCUCCUAUAGGAGCAAGACACUUUGGUACUGAAACUGCACGUCUCUACUUUCGAUGUCAAAUAAAUACAAUAAAAUUCCGAUUAAAAUAAAGCGGCCUGUCAUUUCUAGCUGCUAAAGAAGCAUAAAAAAUAUAGCGAAAUAAUAAAACUGAAAGGAUACUGUAGAAGACUACCCAUCUUCCUGCUCGCUCUUAUAGUCAUGUAGACCUACAAUAUAAUCGACUAAAAUAGUAAUUCUUGAAGCAAACUUUAACGCUAUUUAUAACAUCAGAGCUGUGAUACACCAAAAAAACCAGACAUCAAAAUGAAAUACACACAAAAAACCACGAAAGAAAGCAAAACUGAAUAAACAAGGGAAAGCAAAGGCCAAAUAAAGUGAAAUUACAAGUAGAUCAUAAAACCGCAAAUACGCUCUUAUAUAUUCACAUAAAUGAUAUUCGAACAUAUAUAUGUAUGUAUGUGUGUUUGUUAUACUAGGUCAUAAACAACAUUUGCUACGAGGCAACAGCGCAUAAAAAAGGCUCAUCACAGUAGAUUUUCUCUUAUGGCGCCACCGGAUGGAAAAAUUGUUUUUAAUACGGCAAAACGGCCCAACUAUCGCCUAUUGCCGUAAAAGUGAUUUCGGGGGAAACAACACAGCAAUUGGCGUUGUGUUACCUCAGCGUUGGCAAGUCUUAAAACCAUUCGUAUCGGGAUUUAAAAGCAAUAAAUGACGUGCGCCAAAUUGUUGUCAACUUUAUUUUGAAGCACUUUGCUUGCCGCAAGCUACAGGCAUAUGUUCAACUGAAUCCGGAUGGUUUUGGGUUCGCAUGCAUACACUUAUUUUAGCCAAGUUGCUGUGAAGAGCGUAGCCAAUCUACAAUAAAACGCUGACUGGCAGCUACAAACGAAAUAGUUUGGUCAACCCAAACGUAAUUUAUAAAAACGAACUGUCAAAUUCGGCAUAUGCGGCCAAAUACCAAGCGGUCAUAACACUUACACACAUUCUUUACAUUUGUUUUUUACCAUUCGUUUUGAAAACUAUUAACACGCACCCGAGAGGAGGUUCGCACAAACAUACAAAUACACAUACGCUCAUAAGCUCACAGGACAAGCACACUCAUCGCUAUAUCAUUAAUUUAGAACGGAAUGGCAACGACAAUGUCUCCAAUAAGCAAUUCAACUUCUAAAGCGGCGGCGCAGAAAGGGGAAGUGAAAAAUUCAAGUUCAUCGCUGUUAUCGUUAAUCACAUGUUUUAUAUCAUGUUUCAUCAUGGCUGUGAGUUGCAUUUGUCCGUCAACAGUGGAGGCGACGGCAACUGCUGCUGCGACAGCGUCGGUAACAUCGACAGCAUCAGCAGCAGCGGUGGCAAUGACAGCUAAAGUAGCCACAGUGGGCAACGGUAGCGAAAACAGUUCAACCACUAUUGACAGUCAAGGUAGUAGUCGUUUGGGUGUUUUGAGUAUUAGUGAUGUUGGAGGCAAUGGUAAAGGCAACGCUUUGAGCUGGGAUCAUGCGGUCGAUUUGAAUGAGGAUUUUCGUAUUUUAUGGACAAUCAUUAAUCAAGAUAUUACGUUCGAAGUACAAGCACGUACGCUGGGUUACGUUGGAUUUGGUUUUUCGCCCGACGGUAACCUCGCUGGCUCUGACAUUGCCAUCGGAUGGGUAGACAAGGGUCAAACAUAUUUUCAGGAUCGUCACAUUACAAGAAAUGUAAAGACAGAACCAUUUGUGGAUCCAUCUCAGGACUAUAUUCUUAUGUUGGGGUAUGAAAAUGCAACACAUACUGUCUUACGGUUUCGUCGAAAACUAGACACUUGCGACAAAUUGCACGACAUCGUUAUUACGAAUAACACCAUGCGAGUCAUUUAUAUGUAUCAAAAUCGCGAUCCACCUCAUGGAUCAGUUCAACCUGGGACAUUACCUGAUCCAGACUCCGCUUUUCGGCCGUAUCAUCCAAUGGUUCUUACCCAAAGCGCACAAAUACAUUUCCGGAAAGACGAUCAUAUAAGGCAAAUGGAGCUACGAAAUGAGGAUGUGGCACUUCCAAGUGGAGAUAUUACAUUAUCCUGGUGCAAAAUGUUCAAGUUAGAAGAUAUUAAUCGCAAGCACCAUCUUAUUCGGUACGAACCAAUAUAUGACUCAACGUCCAGCAUACAUUAUUUACAACAAAUUACGCUGUAUGAAUGCCAGGGAUCCGAGCAAGAGCUUGAGAAAAUGGCACGAGAGCAGGGACGACAAUGUAUAGGCAAUCGGGAUAUGCCUUUAGCCUGCAAUGCUAUUGUUGCAUCAUGGUCUCGCGGUUCGGAGGGCUUUACAUUUCCGGAGGAUGCUGGCUACCCGAUCGACUCUCAUUUUGCCAAAUACUAUCUAAUGGAAACACACUACAACAAUUUGCUGCCUGAUAAUUUCCAAAGCUAUAGUCGACAAAUGGCUGAUAAUUCAGGACUAAGGAUUUACUUCACCCAUGUGCUGCGUCCGAAUGACGCUGGAAUUCUUUCAAUUGGUAUGGAUCCAAAUUGGCGUCACAUAAUUCCACCCGGUCAAAAGGAAGUAAUCUCUGAAGGACAAUGUAUUGAAGAUUGUACAGCCUACGCUUUUCCUACUCAGGGAAUAAACAUUUUUGCGGUGAUGAUGCGUACACACCAAAUCGGCAAAAAAGUUAAACUUCGGCAGAUUCGUCAGACUGAAGAACUUUUUCCAAUUGUAAUGGACACCAACAUCGACCCAAAGUAUCAAGACUUUCGCCAUCUACCUGCUCCUGUGCGGUCUUUGCCUGGUGAUCGACUUAUUGCUGAGUGUAUUUACGACAGCUCAACGCGAAAAGCAAUUACCCUUGGUGGCCUGACUAUGAAAGAGGAGAGUUGUACGGUACUGAUACUCUAUUAUCCGCGCCAAAAGGAACUUACUACAUGUCACUCCUUACCAAGUUUACCAACGGUGCUCCACUCCCUGGGCAUCGAGGAACUUGCAACUGAUUCCAAUCCUGUGCUGAUUUCUUCGCCACCGGAAUUGGCGGGUAUGACGCUUGAGGCACGAUUAAUAUCUUACGACUGGCAAAAUCAGUUCGAUGAGUUUCAAGAGGCAACUAGAAGUGGAUCUUUUAAGCCACUUUGUUGGGGCGCGAAAAAUCAUGUUAUUCCAGGCUCAGAGUACCUCGAAGGAUACAGCAUAAACAUAACGAAAACCUUUAAGCAGCAUCAAUACUGUAAGCCAAAGCAACGCUCAUUUGUCGCCGAGAGUGUGGAGCAAACGGAUCUUGGGCUGCCUGUGCUUCAUGAAAUGGACAACAAUAACAUCAUUGAAGGAGCAGCACGAAGCAGUCGUAGUUCUGCAGCCACCGAAACGCAAGGAUUAAGCAAAGCCGAAGACUGUAGUAAAAGUUUUGUGACAACUUUCUGGUAUGCGAGUGCUUUCAUUAUUCUACAGUGGCACAACCAAUGGUCCUUAACUAGAAGCUCAUUUUAAGUCUUCGCAUUCCAAUACUUUUAUCUGUCCAGCCCCGCAACGCUGACGUCAUUAACUCGUCCUACUAUGACGUCCUCCACUCUAUCAAAUCCUCAAUCAGUUAUGUAGCUGCAUAAAUUUCUAAUUUGUUACCCUAGUGUGUAGUAAGUUAUUGAUUAUUUUUACAAAAGUUUAUUAUCGAAUUGUAGACUUACGGAAACCAUAAGCGUAUUACGUAGUUAUUAUUUAAGUAUACUCAUAAAUACAUACAUACAUAUUAUAUUUAAAUAAAUAAAAUAGCGAUAAUCAUAAAAUACGCUAAAACCAUAAGCAUUAAAAAUCGAUGAGAUUUGAAUGGAAAGCAAUAAUUAGUUAUCGAAUACUUGUAACUCGAUAUUAUACAUUUAUACAGUACUCGUAUUUAGUGUGUAAAAUCGUUACUUUGCAUGAAGAAUAUUAAGAUGGUAUGGUGCAAAUAUAAAUCUAAAUAACCAAAUACUUUACAUUAGUAAUGUUACAGUGUGUGAAAAAUAUUCGAAAUUAGAUCGAACUAGAAACUAUUUAUAGAACGUAUUUGACAUUAAGUCGAAAACUAAUUUGUACGAGUGCAUCGCCAGUGCUGACAUUGGUCGCAAAAUUAAAUUUUAAUUUUAAUUCAAAUAAUUACAAAUUCAAAUAUUUAAUUUAUUUUUAAAAAAUAUAUACAUUUGGUAAAAAAAAAUACCUUUAAUUGAAAGGCUGAACAAUUAGCAAUAACAGCCUUACACACAAUGCUUUCAGUCCAUUUGUGAUUAAAUAAAAAUAUUUAUUUUAAUUACACAAUUUAGGCUUAAAUCUCCCAUUCAAACUUAGUUAAAGAUAAACAUAUGAAGUUUACGCCAGAGAUAACAAGUAUCGUUGUUUUACGUACAAUUAAAAAUUACACAGCACCAUGCACUACUGACCACAACAUAUGAGCUUUUGUUGCAGGGUAUCAUUCGUAUUGUCAAAGAAAGAAUUUGGUGUUAAUAUUUUGGCAGAAAAAAAAAAAUUAAGCACACAUAUAAAAAAUUAAUAGAAUAUGGCCAAGGUCGAAUUAAGAUCGUGAUCAUACAAUAAUAUUAUAAAAUUCAUUGACAAAUUACUCGCCAAUUUAUUUAACAUGAUCGUUAAUUAUAUAAUAAUAUUAAUAAAGUAAUCACUACUUAAAAAUCUGAUUUCAUGUGUAUUAGCUGACCUUUAAAAAUAAAACGCUCUUAAACCAACUCGUAAGCGGAAAUUUUGUUUUCAAGUGCACUAAUCCCUUCAUUAAUGACUGGGAAAAAAACUCCCACACAAAAUUGUCCCUCAUUGAAAGUUGCAUUGGCGAUGCCUGAGGACCGAGAAGUUAAAAGCGCAUUCUAGGCGAAAUGCGCUUCUUACUACUUCAAGUCAAUAUCUGUGAUUUUGUGCAAUCUUUGAAUUAAUUUUUAAACUUUGAGAAAUAGUAUGAGCUCUUACGACUGAUGUCGCAUAGUUCUCUGCAUAUUACGAAACAGAAAGCUAGUAUAAUACUUGUAUUUCUUUUACUUUUUCACAUCAUUUCCGGAAAUGACGUUCAAAAUCAAUAUAGCUAUUUAUAAAUUUCCGAAUACUGAAUGAUGAGUAGGAGAACUAAGAAGAGAUAUUUUUUUUCAUUUUGUGGGGAUCCCCAAAUGUGGCGGCCAUGUCGGUCUUGCACUUAAUCCGGCUCUGAAUAAGGCAAAAGUUUUGUGAGGAAAUAAGCGGAACUGGUAAACUAGAUAAUAUAUAUACCUACAAGUGCAAACAAAAUUUUGUGACCUUUUUAACCCCGCGACAUUUCUGGAUCAUAUGGCAUGAUACUGCACUCACCAGUUUGAGACCUACAUAUAAUGCGUUGUUAUACCAACGUCGUAGGAAGACAUCCCUUAAGAAUAUCUUAGCUAUUACUAGAAUACGAAUUGAUGUUACGAAACUCUCUCCUGCUUCUUGCAAACGCUGAUUAAGUUGGUAGCAAUGGAGAUUAGGAAACUUUGAACAGCUGAUAUCGGAAAAAGUGACCAAAGUAAUGUAAAAAAAUAUCAAGGAACGACACAGAUAAUACCGCAUUUUGUGCAACAAAAGUUUUUUAGUUAUUCUUUACGAAAUAUUUGUACAUUUCUCAUAAAAUCGUGAUAAAUAUUUAAAUUUUAAGUUGUUUUGUUUCUUCGUAUUAAUAUUUCUAAAUUUAAAUAUAAUUAUAUUUCGUUAAAUAAAUUAACGUUAAAUUAUUUCGUUAAAAUAGGUGACCUUUGAAAGCUCUCUUACUAAUCAAAGAAGUUCUUAUAAUAUCACCCUUGUAUUUUUUAUGAAAUUACAACAAUUUAACAAGAUUUUUUUGGUAGCUUCGCUAAUGAAAAUUUACACUGACGACAGUUGUAACUUUUUGGCACAAAACACCAUGAUAAAAAUAAUCUCAUUUAAGGUCAAAUCGCAAAGUUUGGCUGUUCUAGUGCCUCUUUGAAUCAAAAAAAAUCAGUUAGUAUUCUGUGGCACUUGCAGUAGAUAAUGGCGGCCAUACUAGCGAAGUUUCAAACGCUAAUUUAAACAAAUACCCAAACCAAUUGAAAUUUUUAUUUAGUUCAAAACGAAAACGCUAAGCCUUAAAAGGACGUUGAAAUUUAAUAUAAUAUUUGAAUUUUAAAAAAUUAAGAAUAAAUAAAUUGGACAAAGAGGCCAUUUGGACAUAGAGGCCACCAAAUCCGACCUAAAGUAUUCAAUACUAACUCGCAUAUACCUAUUGAAAAUAAUAAUAAAUAAAAGCUAAUAUACUUAGUAUGAAAAUCAUAAUAGUAGUAGAUAUUGUAGUGAGGUGUUUAGUAGUGAAAAUCAAUGUGAGUAUUUUGAGCAAACUAUUGUAUUUAUAAAUAUAUGGAAAUUAUAGUUAAUACAAACGUAUGUGCAUACAUUUAUUGAUAUAUUAUGCAUAGUACAUACAUAUAUACUUAAAAUAUUGCCGUCAUAAAAAUACACUUUCACGCAGACGUAGUAGUGUAGUCUAUAGUAAAGUUAGAAAACUAUCGUAAUAAUUUUUUAUACCAAAAACCGAGUCUUUGGACGAAUAAAAUGAAAAAAGAAAUUAAAAUAACAUAAAUUUUAAGAGAGUCAUAAUGGAUAUGCAAUGAAAACACAAAACAAUCAAAACUGUUGAAAAAAUAAGCGUACAUAUAUAUAAGUAUUUAUAUACACAGGUAUAAAUGUACCAUAUGUUACAUAUUACUGAUAUACAUGUCACUACGUACAUACAAACUACUUGUUAGUCCUAUUAAAUCAAACUUGAAAUAUGUGAACUAUGAGUCGAACUGGAAAGAGUAAGAGUAAGGGAAACUUAAUACACAAAGAACCUAUUAGGAAAACUAUAUAAAUAAGUUGAAGUGUAGAAACUUACGAUGAAAAGCGAAAUGACAUAUGAAACCUUAAUAUACCUGCAAGUUGAUUGAAUUUAUUGGUUUUAUCCCUAUUUACAAAUAUGUAUACUUACUAAAAUUUAGCUUGAAAAGCUUAAAGUUUUAUGUUCCUUUACUUUACUUCAAAUUUAUUUAGAUAUUUGCAUUAUUGCAGCUUGGUGCAGUUUUUGAGUGCAAAAACCGCGAGAUGUUACAAAUGUACUUGUAGCGUAUGUGUAAGAACUACUAGGUGUAAGCAUAUGGACGCAGAAUCGAGCUGAAAUAUUUUUUAUACCACAUACAAAAAUACUAUUUACGAUAGAGUAAAAAAUACUAAAAUGCAUAUAUACAUACACUACAUGAUAUGAAGUAGGUAUAUUUUAAAAGUCGUUACACUUUUCCCCACUUAAUCCACUGAUACUAAAAGACAUAGAAAUUCGGUUGAGUAUUUAAUGUUUUGAUUCAUAAUUUAGUCAAAAGUAAUUCUGCCCAAAAUUAAAAAAGGAAAUAUAAUAUAUAAGAUUAUAUAUAAUAUAAACGUUUUUCAGAGCAGUUAACAGAAAAUUAAAAUAUAAAUAUUAUAUUUUAAAAUACAUUGAUUUUGAUGUGUUCCAGUAAUUAAACCGAUAUUAUUAUCAACUAAUAGAGUACAACUUAUUAUUUGAAACAUAAUUGAAAUCAUUAGUAAUAUUUGGUUUUUACACCAUUUCCAAUUUCCAAGUUUAAGGGGCUAAGUGUAAUCAGAGACAUGAAAAAAUUACAAUUUUUAAUACUUUUUUUGCUAAUAAAUUAUUUUAUUUUAAAGUAAAAAGCAUAUCAUCACUAAAUAAGGUUUAGACUUGACUUGACAUGAAUUUGAAAAAAAAAAAAUUAAUAAUUUGAAAACAAUGGUUGUUUGUGCUGAUCCAAUUCCAGCCGAAACUCUUUGCGUCGACCACCACUAAUUCUUUGAAAUUCCUCUAAAUUCAAUCCAACAAAAAAAAAUUGUUUUAUUAAUAGAUAAUCUAGUGUCUUAUCGAACGUUUUUUGUAAAUUAACAAAACGGCGGUUUCAUUAAAAUUGUUUCCAGAUUUUCAGGUAAAACCAACAGUUAUUUGUUUAUAAAAAAUUAAAAUUAAAAAGAAAAAAAUCCUUGGAUCAGGCACUAGUAUUUCAUGUAUACCUUUUUCUUGAAAUCUAUCGAUCGGUGUUCGAGCUACAGUACUCACCAGUUCAAAAAACAUAGUUUUGAGUAAAACACAUUUGAAGUUUUACACUCUAGGAUGCUCCGGAGAACCAUUCGCUAUUUAUCGAACAACUCGAAAAGUGUUUGUCGGAUUGACUUAAAAUAUUUCAUACUUAAACAAAUGCAAAACAUCGACUUUUUGAAAAUUCUGACUAUCCCUAACCCCAUUUUGCUAAACAGCCUUAAUCUGGAUUAUUGUAUGGUUACCCUCCUAAAUAUAUAUAUAUAUAUAUACUUGUAUUAAUUACAAUUUUAAAUAAUUUUUUACAUUUGUUGGAUCGGCCUCAAACUUUAGAACAUUAAAAAUCUCCCGUAUCUUAAUGAGUCUGGCAACGCAGUGUUAUCAUUAAAUUAUUGAACAAGAAUCUUGUGUUCUUUGAAGAGUUUCAAAAUGACAAAGUUUCAACGGGUUAUAAUUUAGAAUUCAAAAUAUAUCAAAAUCUUAUAACAAAAAUUAUUAAAAUUAGACUGCUUAUAAAGUGGAGGAAAGUGUUAUGGCUACAUUUAGUAAUGCAGAAAAUAGAUAGUACUAAAAGUAAUCUAAGAAUUGAAAAAAAGGUUUGAAAAAUGUACUUGCUACGAAAAAUUCGUUAUGUGUUGAAUGAUUGAUGAAUUGAUGAACUAUUGUUAUAUUUAUUUACAUGUAGUAUUUCUAACUAUAAAUAAAUCUUCUUACACUAAAUAUUGUAUUCAUAGCUGAACCUACCUAUUAACCUUACUAACUAAAAUUUGUGGUACGUAUCAAUCAACUUUCUGCAACAAAAUGUUACCAAUGCAAAAAGAAUGAAAGCCUAAGCAAUUCCUAACGACUUAUUGAUAUUAUUAGAAAACACAACUUAAAUGUGUGUUAAAAAUCUGAAAACAAAGCAAUAAGUUUGAUUUUGUAAGAGUACAGUAAAAGUAAUCUAAGAAACGCGGAUGUGCAGUAAAAAAAUGGUUAAUCGAAAUAUAUAAUAUAACUAUUUAAAUGUAAUGUUUAUUUACAUACAUACAUAACUACAUUACAUAUAGAAGAAAUAAUAUGAGUGCAUAAAUGUCGUUAACAAACAUAAUUAAAAUAAGAAUCGUAGUUGAAAAGAAAUUGUAUUGAAAUAAAUUGAAAAAGAAGAAAAAACAAACAAAAUCAGAAAUACAAAUACAUACAUACCUUAUACAAAUUUAACGAUUGACAAACGUAGUCGUGACGUGUUAGCAUUAGUAGUAGUGUAGACCGCCAUAUACUCAUCGAUGUUUGUGAAUACCGAAUAUCCGAAUAUCAACACACCACCUCAACCGCCCCUUCUAGCUAUGAAAAACCUAAAAAAAUAUGUGUAAUCAUAACAAACGCGUUGAUACCCAUACUUAUACCACAUACACAAAUAAUAAUUAACUAGAUAUUCAUACCGAACGUUCCUUAUGUAUAUUUCUAUUCCGUCUUCAUUACCAUAUCUUUGGGAUUUUUUUAACCAUUAUAUGGGUAUUCUGGAUGCCUUCAAAUUAUCUACAGCUUAUUCAAAAGUAUAAGCUACAGAAAAUUUAAAUCUAAAAAGGUGGGUUUUUAGACAAGUGGUUUUCAUGAAGAAAUAACACGGAAGCCAAGAAUUUAGUUGUAUUAUAAAAAUAAGGAUUUGCCAUUAUGUUUUAAAAAUGGUUUCAGGCAAGUGACCACCGCAGCUGACCCAAUUUUCGAAAACUUUUUGCAGCAAUUGGGCCUUCUCUCCCAAGAAGUCAAUCGUCUCGGGCUUAUAUGCGUAGGCAAGCGACAGCCCAAGUCAGCAGAAGUUUCCAAUAACUUAAUUGUUUCGUUCGCUAUGCCAUAACGCUGUCUUGUUCAAACCAAACGCCAUAUCAACAUCCUUCAAUUCAGGCACGAAAAAGUCAUUAAUCAUGGCUCUAUAGUGUUCCUCAUUGACUAUAACAUUAUGACCGUCUUCAUUUUUAAAGAAAUAUGGACCAAUGAUUCCCUCUGCCUGUAGAGCACACCAAAUAGUGACUUUUUAAAAACGUUACUUCGUCUCAACAAUGGUUUGUAAAUUAUCAACACUCCAUUUGCGACAAGAAUGAUAGAAUAUAAGGUUACGACAAUAAUUUACCGUUCCUUUUUUCGGUUUAGGCUCUGACAAUUGUUACAAAAACAAACUGCACUAUACCGACUUGUUGUGACGUAAUUCUCUUGAGUUGAGAAGAAGAAGCAUAGAACAGCGUAAAUUGUACACAUAAACGUUAACACUUUUGAUAAUUCGUGAAAUGGACUUAAUUUAUUAGUUCAUAGUGAAAAAGAUCUUACUGAAAUGAAUAGAAUAAUGCUGCGAGAAAAUAUUUGGCUCAUUUUCAAAUAAAUACAUUUCUAUAUUGACAACAUAAUUGCUAAUUAAAUAAAUGGAUAAAAGGGAUUGUGAUUGCGAAGGUUGUAUUUAUUUCAAUUUAUAAGUACAAAAUAUAUUAGUUUGAAAAAUGAAGUGUGUAGUGGCAAGUUGCAAUAACUAUUAUGCAAAUAAACUAUUAUAAACGAGUUUUUUCAUUUUUUCUUCGGUUAUAAAAGUAGCAAACAAAUUUUAAAUAUUUUUAUAAUAGACAUUUAUUUCAUAAUCAUAAUAAUUACAAUUUCAGAAUCCUUUCACUAUAAUUUCAUUUAAAUAAAUCGGAACUAUUAUUAAUAUUUGUAUGUAUAUGUUUGUGUAUAAUGUAAGAAACUAUUGCUGGAUACAUCGCAAUCGUAAUCAUUAAUUUAAUUGGCAAUUAUUUUGUCGAUAGAUAAAAGUAUUUAUUUAAAAACGACCAAAAUAUUCCAUUCAUAUCAGUAAGAUUUUUUCACUCUAAACUUUUAAAUUAAAUCUAUUUCACGAAAUAACAAAAGUGUAUACGUUUUUGUUUACAAUUUACAUGCUGUUUUAUGCUUCUUCUUCACAACUCAAAAGAAUUACGUCACAAUAUGGCGGUUGGCGUAAUCUUGUAUUCUAUAAUUCUUUCCAUUGUGACAGUUUUGUUUAUUAAUGUACCCAUUCAACCAAAAGUGAGCUUCAUAACUGAACAAAUCUAAUGAAAUCAACGGAAAUCAUAACGAAAUCAUUAUCUUGAUGGUCGUUCGGCUUCAAUUCUCGUACGAGUUGGAUUUUGUAAGCCCACAAACUAAGAUCCUUCCGCAAAAUCCUUCAUAAAGUGGAUGGGCACAGCUCCACUACGCAUUAUUCGCUAGAGUAAAAGUGAUGAGAAACCGAUCCAUGAUUGCUUGAAUUACCGGUUCUACUGAGCGAUUAUGUCGACCGAACAUUGGACGCAGCGGCGAUGCGUCCCGUCAACAGGACCAUUAUUUUGGUAAUAAAUUUGCACGAUAUUCACGCACGAUUUUGGCUUUCAAUGUCAAAAGAAACUGCUUUGCUCGAGUUAUUGGCCGAAUUUUUUUCUUAAAGUGGUUAUUACUGGAUCCGACGAUACUAACAAUAAGCGCAAAAGAUCCUCCAUUUUGUUAGAUUGCAAAUUUUUUCGAGUACGAUUUAGGCGACAUUUUUUUAAAUUUUUGUUUCGGACUUCUAAAGCUUUUUCCGACAUCAUUUCGAUUGGAAGUAGUACAUUUUCGAUGAUCAAUAGCUCCGUCCAAUAUCUCGAGCACUGAGGAAAGCAUGGAGAACCAUGGAAAUUCUGUAACAAAAAUCCGUGUAGUAGUAGUUUGAAAGCAUAAUUGCGACAUCUAUGAAUGUCUAUUGUAUAUAUAGAAGACAUACAGCGCAGAAUCAAUGAAAACCUUUCUAAACCUAAAUGUCCACUAUUAGUGAAGACAAUAUAUAAUUUUCAAAAAACCGUCGAGCAGUAUUCCCACUAUUGGUGUUGCCAGAACCUUGCAUUGGAAUAUCUACCAACAAUGCCAUUUCAACCCUAAAUCUACCAUUAUUGAAUAGCGGAUUUUCGUUGAUCGACUAUGCUUUUAUCUAAACCCCGUACUUGCCACCUUUUAAUGGGUAGCCGAUAACCUAUUUGUGACACACAUUCAAAGCAGCGAGUCCAACUAUGUAAAGUAGAUAGUCCGAAUUUGAGUAAGUCAUUGUGUCUUGCCAAAUUGUUAAUACCAUCUAUGUUAUUCAUUAAUUUAGACGUAGCCUUACAAAUACCGCAUGCUUGUGAAGACGAUUCAACAAUUAUACUAAACACUCUUCCAUCGAUCAUCGUAAGCACCAACUUGGUGUCAGCUUGAAAGCUGCUCAAUCUCGUAGGCACAAUUUGAAAAAUCUGCACUUGUAUAUUCUCUCUCUCGGCUCUUACCAAUUCAGUAGACUCUGUUGCAAACAUUAUUUUAAGGGGUCUAAAAUAAAGAGUCGAUGAUGGGCGAGGAUUUCACCAAAGAAUGCCAUUUUCACAUAUAAAGGCGCAAUACAUAAUAAAAAGCACAUGUUCAUCUGCUAUUUUAUUUGUGGAUCGAUGGAACCUCUGCCAUAGGUUGCGUGUUCAGAACUCCCAUCGCAACCCUAUUUUGACAAGAACGUCAAAUUUUCAUAUUUGUCAUCAUACAAUGAGAUUUAGCUAAACACAAAUUAACAGUUCAAGUUAUCGUAUGAUUUAACAUAUCUUGCAAUGGAACUUCUGCAUAACAUUCGUCCGAUCUUCUUGAGUCCAGAUAACACAUCUUCUCAAGAUAUUGGCAUUUCGCGCCUUGCCACCUAAAGGUUGCAAAAGUUUAAAUGACAUUUUGGUUAAUAAACAAUGACCAAAGCCUCCUCUGGAGUAUAUUUAAUUAGUAUCUGUUCAGUAACAUUCAGACUUUUUUUUAUUUUUUUAGAUGCUUCUGGAUUUGUGGCUGCCAUUUAAGCAAUAUUAGAUGCACUGCUUUUUCCAGAAUUGUAAAGGCUUACAGUAGUUGCUUUCAUAAGCUCUGCACAAGAGUUGGCUUCUACUAGAUACCUUUAACCAUUGGUAAUUUGGGUGGCAAUUAGUAUAACACUUUUGCUUUCGGUUUUAAUCCAAGUCUAUUGUCUUCAUUCAGAAGAACCAAAUGUUCAGUUAACCAAACCGCGUUUUUGCACUCAAAUCGCUUCGUAUCCCUGUUACAUUGUCUCCAUCUUUCAAAAAUCCUUUUACAAAAAUGUUUAACUUUACCAACAAUAGAAUUCAACUCCUCUUCAAAACAUUUCGAUUUGUCAAUAAUAUUCUCAAAAAUGUACUGAGCCAGUGUAAAAUUCUUCUUCGUGGCGUCUGUUUCCCCAUGCCAUACUGCAAAAAGUGUUUGUUUGCAGACCGACAUGAUUGCUGAAAAUAUCCCCCACAUAGUUUAACACCGCUAUAAAUAUUUUGCCGUCCAAGACCUGCCUCCCAAAGUUUUACUCUACAGAAGCGGAAAUUUGCUUACAAAAAGGGUACGACAAACAUUGAUGGUUUCAAGCACAAAUUAUGAACACAACAUGUAUUCACAGGUCAUAAAACAUUUAUUUUCUUUUAAUACAUACCUUGAGUUUAACGAAAAUGGGAAAAUAGAUUCAAAACAGGUGAAUUCCGAAAAAAUGUCGAAAUGUAAUAACAAGUGGAAAAUGUUGUGCUACCAUAUGUUAACUUUGAGAGCUAACAGCUGAUUUAUUUAAUCACAUUUAUCGGUUUUGAUAUUAUAUAUUUGAUAAAUUAAUAUUUGACCAUCGGUAGGAAAAAAAAAUAUUGAUAAAUUUUAACAGUUGAAAAUUGGCUUAAUCUUAAGCUGGAAUAGUCAAAUCGGCCACUGUGCGGAGAUGCGCCGAGCGAACCGAACAAUUAUUUUUGUAAUAAAUUUGCACGAUAUAUAAACGUUGUUCCGAAGUAAGUCUGUCCAUUAUGAAAUGGCAAACCAAACAGAGUAUAAAUUAACUAACAGCUGUCAAAAGGACCUACCCCGAAAAACCCAGAAAGUAUUGCUUCAUUGAAAACCAGACGUCUAAAAAACACUCUUUAAUAUAGUUUAAAAAAUUGUUUAUUGCGCCCGUCAGUCCCGGUCAAGCAUGGAAACAGUAAAAGCUUCUAGAAUUAACAUGCUUCCUCUAUGAAACUGUAGCAUCCUUGCUUUUUGAAUUCGGUCCCUUGAAAGGAUUACUAUGUAUCUUAGUUACAUACAUACAUGCAUACACUUGAUGCAUAAUUAUAUACAUAUACACAUACCUAUGUAGUUUUGUACAAAAAAAUAAAUAAUACCCAUCCAUACAUAAAUAUGUACUCAUAAAUGUUAGAUGCCGCACGUAUGUAGAACGAACACCUACAACAAACAAUAAUACAAUAAUAAAUUGACACAAAUUCGAAAAUAUUCGAAAGUACCGUAACGCACUUUUAUAACUAUA